UUGGGCUGAUCUUUACGAUCAUAAUUACCCAUAAAAAAGUCUUUUUUUGUCUUGCUUUUGACAACGUGUUAUUUGACUUUUCAUUAGUGUUCUGUAUAAUUUAUAGAUUGAACAGAUAAUCUUCGCCUCACAAAUAUUUCUUUGGUUAAAUUUAGUAACAUUUUGUUUCCUUUUAGUUAUUGCAGGUUGGACAUUGAAAAUAAAUAUGCUUGCAUAAAUCAUGGAAUAUAUAAAGGACUUUUUGAUCUUUCAUUCUUUUUUUUAUCAUCAAAUCUUUUUAUCUCAAGAUGAAGUUCUCUACUGUUGCUUUACUCCUUGCUGCUGUCGCUGGUAUUCAAGCUGCCGCUAUUACUAACCCUGAAUGUAAGGCUUUAGGCGACAAGUGCAUCCACAAAGCUUGCGGCACCAAGAGCGGUACUGGCUACAAGGGCUACUGCUGCCUUACUGAUGAUGACUGUAUCAGAUCCUGUGUUAACAACCAAUGUACUGGUAUCAAGAACCCCAAGUUUAGCAAUCCUAUUCCUGACAGCUGUAAGAAUGAUAGUAUCGAUUACUUUGGAUCCAAUGUCAAGAAUGGCCCUGCUGGUGUCUGCUGUGACAGCGAUGAAGACUGUCAAAACAAGUGCGUUAAAGACCACUGCACUGCUAGCUCUUAGUUUAUACUCAAUGACAUACCCAUUUAAACAAUAAAACUCACUGUUUAAAUUAUGGCGUAUACAAUGACGUAAGAGCUAAUAUAUUGUACGUUUCAGACACUAAAUACCAUUCUGAAUGUGAACUUGAAUUUCCAUAACCAAUAUCUUUCUAUUACAGUAAGCCUAUUAAGCAAUUUCUUCAAUA